AGACACCUGUCAGGAGGACUAUACAUCCCAAAGCUGUACGUGAGGCCACCGGAGGCUGCGUGUUUGGCCAUGGACGCGCUGUUAUCGUUAUUAUAGCCGCUCGGUGACCAAGGAGCGUAAAGUUGUUCCGCUGCUUCUUCUUUGCGCGAUUCUUCCUGUUCUGGUUUUUUUUUGUUUUUAUUUCAAGCCGCAUGAGUUCGCCGCUGUUUUUAGGACAGCUGGUCGGGGUCCCGUUAGAAAUAAUGCACCCCACCAUGGAGAAAGACACGACUUACACCAAGAUUUUUGUCGGCGGUUUGCCGUAUCACACCAACGACGCUUCACUUCGGAAAUAUUUCGAGACUUUCGGGGACAUCGACGAGGCGGUGGUGAUCACAGACAAGCAGACGGGCAAGUCUAGAGGAUACGGCUUUGUGACCAUGGUGGACAGGGGGGCAGCAGAGCGGGCGUGCAAAGACGCAAACCCCAUCAUCGACGGCAGGAAGGCCAACGUGAACCUGGCGUACCUGGGAGCAAAGCCUCGCAGCUCGCAGACAAGUCUCUCUGUUGGAGUUCAGCAAGUCCAUCCAAUGUGGGCUCAGAGGCAAUACGGGCUGGCCCAGCAGUACGUCUACCCCCAGGCGUUCCUCCAGCCCAGCCUGGUGCUGCAGUCCCAGCUCAGCCCCACAGCAGCAGCACUCGCCUCCCCUUACCUGGACUACAGCUCCGCCUACAGCCACUACGCCCCCACAGGACUGGAGCAGUACCCUUACACCCCUUCACCGUCGCCCUCUGCUGGGUACCUCAGCUACAGCUUCUCCCCCAGCACUCCGGCGCCCGCUCUCACCGCAUCCCCAACCCCUCCGGCUGGCAUCCACCCUCCUCUGGCCGCACUCACCACUAUGUCUGCCGCCCCGCAGGCCUUCCUCCACUACCCUCUGCACCAGCCCGACCGCAUGCAGUGAGCAGCGCCGGGUGGAGCCGCCGAACUGAUGGUUCAAAACAGCGUGACUGUUGACCUGUGACAUCAUCAGGAUGAGACUGGAUAGCCAGGAAGAGAGUGAUGUAAUAAAAAGGGCUGUUAGGAAGCACUCUCAUUCCUGUUUUUUAUAUAUAUUAUUGUUGUAAUAGUUGAUGAAAAUGUUCUAUUGCUAUCGUCAUCAGCAUACGAUCUGAAUGUUUUUCAUAAGGCAUCAGGGACUGGAGUGAGACCACUGGUGAUCUUCUGGACGUUUCUCUCUCACCGCUGAGCCUCGGCGCUGAGGCUGGAGGCAGGCUGACUCCCGGUCAGUGGAUGGGUUAAAGACAAUGAGAAAUAUGUCUGUUUGACAUGAUGCUGCGGCUGCAGUUUCUCCAAAGGUACUGAGAUGAAUGCUGGACAUUAGCCAAGCUGAGAGCCAGUUCCUCUUUCAGAAACGCAGGUCCAAUUACCUCCUCUUCAAGGUUACCUUUCUGUCUAUGGCCUUAGAGAUCUCUCUCUCACUGUACCUGGUUCAGUUUGUCGUUUUUAUGUGUCCCUCAUCUCCAAAUGAACAAAAUGUGUAUUGUAUUCCCUUAUUUCCUUUUAUCUACCGCUGGCAAGUCAUUACACGGCGAUAAUCACAGUUUAACAGAAUAUGCAAUUAUGAUGAUAAUGGAUGAGCAUGAAUAAGGUAGCCAACACUGUUUUUUUUGUUUUUGUAUUGCUACUGCUAGAACAUUACCCAGAGAAAGACUUUGUUAACACUUAAAAAACAAUAGUCAUCAUAUGACAUCCCUGCAGCUUCUUAUUAGGCUAUUUUUGACCUGUAACUUUGUCUGGAUUUGCGCUUUGGGGACUGUUUGGUUUUAUGAUACUUAAAUUACAAAGUUGUCCAUACAUAUCAAGUAAAUGUGUUUGGGUGUACGUGUCAAGAUGUAUGUUGUUAUCGAGUAUGUGUGAGUGUAUUUGGUGUCUGUUUCUUUGCGUGUGUGUGUGAGUGAGAGAGAAAUAGGGCGAAGCAGUAUACGCCAGUGUCAGGACCGAGCUCCUUCUCCAGCCCAUUGUACUGGUCAGAGUUGUUUCUUUGUUCCGCCCCCCCCCAGCUGCAGAAAACAGACAGAUGCUUUAGCGAUGAUACUGGAGUCUCACGGUGCUGUGGCACCACCUUAGUAGUCGUAAACCAAGCCAUACAUCACAUUUAAAACAAAUAUGCAAAAUAAA